AUGGGGCCUUGGUCUCAGGUGGCGCUACUGAAAUUGGCGGCGGGCGCCAGGUCUAUUGUGACCCGAGAUCGCAGACUGAGCCGCUGCUGCGGUGGGUCGGAAACCUGCGUUAACCCCGCUCUGUGCCCAGCCGGGGGGACUUUCUCCGGGUGCUGGAACCAGCCCCUGGGGCAGCCCCGGGCUCUGCCGACACCAGCCCCUGAGCCGGAGCCUGCAGCCGCUGGUGACGUUAGAGGAGGCGACUGUUUCACCAUGGAGCCCUGGGUGAUGCUGGAUCCGCGGCAGAGAGCCCUGUACCGGGACGUCAUGCAGGAAAGCUAUGAGACCCUGAUGUCCCUGGCACUAUUUCCGAUUUCUAAACCCGACCUGAUCUCCUGGAUGGAACGAGGGGAGGAGCCGUCCGCCCGGGAUUUCCAGGGACGGGAGAGCCCCCGAGGAGCCCACACAGCAGCUGAUGGUUUGGUGAGCGACAACGAGGAGGAAGAUGCUGAGGAGGAGGAGGAGGAGGAAGGCUCAGAGGAGCUGGAACCACGCACUUCUCAGAACCCUGAGUGGGAAAAGAGCCCUGCCGACUCCGAUGAACAAAAGAAAGCCCAGCCAGGGAAGAAGCAUGACAAAGCCACGCAGCGCGGCCCAGGCCUGAGGAAGCCGAAGGGCACGGUGGCCCAGACUCGCUGUGGCGACUGCAGGAAGAGUUUAGAGUGUGGGACGGCUGGGGGCCGGCAGCGGAAGGGCAAGCCGGCCGAGGAGCGCGCCAAACCCUUCCGCUGCCAGGACUGCGGCAAGAGCUUCAUCUGGGCCUCGCACCUGGAGCGGCACCGGCGCAUCCACACUGGCGAGCGCCCCUUCCGCUGCCCCGAGUGUGGGGAAAGCUACAGCCAGAGCUCCCACCUGCUGCAGCACCGCCGCACCCACACCAGCGACCGGCCCCACAAGUGCGGUGACUGUGGGAAGCGCUUCGCCCGGCCUGACGAGCUGGCCGCCCACCAGCAGGGCCACGCGGCGGACAAACCCCACAAAUGUAGCCACUGCGGCAAGGGCUUCAUCUGGGCCUCCCACCUAGAGCGGCACCGGCGCAUCCACACCGGUGAAAAGCCCUUCAAAUGCCCCGAGUGCGGGGAAUCCUUCAGCCAGAGCUCCCAUCUGGCAAAGCACCGGCGCAGCCACACGGGGGAGCGCCCUUACCGCUGCCCGCACUGUGGGAAAAGUUUCUGUCAGAGCUCGGACCUAGCCCGCCACAAGCGGACCCACCUGGGAAAGAAACCCCUGCGCUGCGGCGACUGCGGGAAGUGCUUCCGAGCUGGCCCGGCCCUGGCCCGGCACCAGCGCUCCCACCGGCGGGAGAGGGCCCACCGCUGCGGUGACUGUGGCAAAGGCUUCGUCUGGGCCUCUCACCUGGAGCGGCACCGGCGGGUCCACACGGGCGAGCGCCCCUUCCCCUGCACCAGCUGCGGGGAGCGCUUCGCCCAGAAGGCCCACCUGCUCCAGCACCGCAAGACCCACUCCCCCGACCGGCCUUACAAGUGUGGGGACUGCGGCAAGCGCUUCGGGGACAACGCCGCCUUCCUGGCCCACCAGCAGGGCCACACGGCGGAGAAGAGCUACAAGUGCGGCGACUGCGGGAAAGGCUUCGCCUGGGUCUCCCACCUGGAGCGGCACCGGCGCAUCCACACCGGAGAAAAGCCUUUCAAAUGCCCCGAGUGCGGGGAAUCCUUCAGCCAGAGCUCGCAUCUCACCAAGCACCAGCGCAGCCACCUGGGCAAGCGGCCCUACAAGUGUAGCGAGUGCGGGAAGGCCUUCGGCCUCACUCUCGACCUCAUCAUCCACCAGCGGACCCACAUGGGUGGCAAACCCUAUAAGUGUUCCCGGUGCAGGAAAGGAUUCACCCGCCGGGCCAACCUUAUCAAACACCAGCGGAGCCAUGGGGAGGAGGAGCCCUGAGGGGAUGCACGGACUGGGCUGCAGGGUGGAGGGUGCCAAAGGGGGAUAGGAUAAACAUGACAGUUGGAGGCUAACAAGAGGGUGUGUGGCGGGGAAUGGUAUAAAUGUGAGGCUCAGAGGCUAACCGGAUAGAGGGACGGUAUAGAUGUGUUACUUAGUGGCUAAUGGGGUGGGGGAACAGUAUAAAAGUGACACAUGGAGGCUAACAGUGGGGGAACAAUAUAAACGUGACACUCAGAUGCAGUAUAAAUGACCGUUGGCGCAGCUGCCCUGGGAUUCCUUGUUCUCACAGUAGGGUUGCCAGUUUUGGUGGGAUGUAUUCCUGGAGGUUUCAUUGCAUGACGUAAUCUUUAAUUAAAGAUUAAUCUUUAA